GUUUCCUCCUUUUGGCUUUCAAUCAUAAGCUCUCCUGCAUGGCGCAUGGCGACUCCUACAGUCUGCUUGGAUUGGAUCCUUCUGCAAGUGAUGCAGACGUACGUCAAGCAUAUAAGAAGGCGGCCUUGCGUUGGCACCCUGACAAGAACCCGCAGGACAGAGCUGCAGCAGAGUCCAUGUUCAAGAAGGUGGCUGAGGCGUACAAGGCCAUCUCAAGCUCAAGGGCGAGCCGACAUGGACAUGGGGCGCCUAGAUUAACGCGCCCGAGCAACAUCCAGACUGCGAAGGAGAGAGGGCCGCAAAGGCCAACUCCACCAUGCGAAGUGGAGAUGGAAGACGCAUACAAUCUCUUUCAGUCUGUGUUUGGCCAUGAUCCGUUCAAGGACUUCGACAGGUUUUUUGCAGACCAAGAGCAGGCAGGCAAUCCCACUCCAAGUUUCAUGAGGAGAGUCCAGGUUUCCACGUCAACAAGGAAGGACAUCCCCGCAAAAGUCAACUUCCAACCCAACGUGGACGUGGAACGAGUCAAGCAUCAACGCCCUGCAGGAACCGUGCCUCGCUGGGCGCGCUGCACCAGUGCUCAGGGAGUGGCUUUCAGGAGGUCACCCAACUUUGCAGAUCGGCAAGUUGCCUUUGCUGGCCCUUCUUGUGGCGACAUCGUGCGAAUUGACACUGUGGAAGGUGAAUGGGUACGAUGCGCUCAAGGAUGGCUUCCUUUGAGUAUUAGAGGCCAACAAGUUCUCCAGUUGCUGCAUCCAUGGGAAGAGCUUCGAGCAAGAUGUAUUUCAAGACAGGGAGUUGCCUUCCGCAAAUCUGCCAAUCUUGAAGACCGACUGCAUAUGUUCAGCGGACCGGUUUUCCAAGAGAUCAUUGCAGUCGAGGAGCGCGUUGGAGAAUGGAUUCGCUGUGACAAAGGAUGGCUUCCACUCUCAAUAGGUGGACAGCCCGUUUUCGAACUUUACGCAGAACGCACUUUCGUAUCGCAACUUAGCUGGCAUUUCCAGACAACAAUUUUACUCUUGUCCAUCUCUGAGGUUCAAAUCAACGACGAUGUCCAGAAAGAAGAAAAUGAAGGAGGAAGCGUUCGAAACAGCUGGUUAUGGUUCGCGGUCCGUUUGUGGGGUUGCUGGAGCUAUAGAUUGGCCAACCGAUAUCCUACCCUGGCUGUGUGCCUGGUCUCUAUCUCCUGCAGUACAUUGUGGAUCACGUUGUAUUUCUCUAGGAUGAUGGUGCGUGGAUGGUGGUCUUCAUUCCCGUCGUUUAGACGAAAUUGAGUCAGCUUGACUUUGCACUAGAUUGAGAGCAGUCGUUUGUGAUUUGUUCUUUGAUGCUCUAUGUUUUUGGAAGUCCUUCUGAACCUUCAGAAUUGCUGGUUUACGAAUCAGCCAGCCAAAGUUUAAGGGCAGCUGCGGCC